AUGCAGAAGCUAGGGUUUCCGAGCAUGAGGAGCUUGGAUCAGUUCAAGUCCCUCUCCAAAUCGGCCUCCGGAGGACCUCCGAAGACCUUCGCCUACUCGUCGCGUCCGCUGGAGUCGACCUCGUCGGGAAGCUUCGCGAACUUGAAGCUCACCGCAGAGAAGUUGGUGAAAGAGCAAGCUUCUGUGAAAACAGAUCUGGAAAUGGCGAAUGUUCGAAGGUGUGAAAAGGAGCUGGAGGAAUGCAGACUUGAGAAAGAGGAGACAGAUAAACUUUACAGAAAUGAACAGUGCAGAACUGCAAAUCUCAUAGAGGAAAAAGACACUAUGAUUAAGAACUUUGAAGAAACUCUUGCAACUAAUAGAUUGGCUACGGAGAGUUUGAACACUAAAUUAGGUGAGGUGCAUCUUGAGUUAAAGUUAAAAGAGGAUGAAAUCAGGCGUUUGAUAACUGCACAGGAGAAAUUGGAAACAGAAAAGCAUGAUCUCCAUUUGAGCAACAAUGACCUUGUUAAGAGAUUAGAUAUGUCAGUCCUCGAGAUAAAGAACCUUGAAGGUUUUGUUCAUGUGUUGGCUUCACAUUUGGCUGAAUUGGAUAGACAAAGUUUGAACUUCCUGGAAAAGUUUGAUAAGCUAAACUCUCUCUAUGAGGCAUGCUUCCAGUUAGUCAAUCAGGAGAAAGACCUUUCUGCCAAGCUUGCUCAGAGACAGUAUGAUCAACUGCACAACAGGUUCUUGAACUUAACAUCAGAAAAAGAUGCUAUACAAUUGGUAAAUCAGGAGUUGAACAAUAGGGUCAUGGGACUUCAGAAAGUUCAGGAGUCUAUUAUGACACAACUUUCAGAGGAAAGCCGUACAGCCAGAGAGAGGAUACAGAAGUUGGAAUUUGAAACUGAAGCUCUGGUCUCCAAGAAGAUUGAAACUGAAAAGUUGGUGUCUGAAUUAGAGCUGCAGAUUGAUUCUCUGUCAGAAAAUUCAAGAUCAUCUGAGAAUAAAAUGCAAGAUCUGCUGAUCAAAAUCUCAGCACUUGAAACUGAGAAUAAAGAUAAUACAGAGAAACUACAAGCAGAGAUACAGAAGAAAGCAGAGCAAAUAGAUGGUUUACUGAAGCAAGGUGAAACACAUGAGCAGCAUGUAGAUUUGAUGGAUAAACAAGUCAGCCAGCUUCAUAGCACACUGGAGGAAAAGGAGCAACUUAUUGUGCAGUAUAAGGAACGAGAGAAGAAUCUGGAAGAACAGAUCACAGAGAACCGUGCAUCGCUGACUGCUGCUGAAACUAGACUCGUGGAAGAUAAGAAGCAAUAUGAUCUCAUGCUUGAGAGUAAACAACUAGAACUGUCAAGGCAUUUGAAAGACAUAUCACAAAGGAAUGAUCAGGCAAUUAAUGACAUCCGGAAGAAGUAUGAGGUGGAGAAGCUGGAGAUAGUUAACAUGGAAAAGCAAAAGGUAGAAAAUCUUGUUCGAGAAAGGGAGAUAGAAUGUGAGAAAAAACUUGAAGAAUGCAAAGAAGAAACUAGGCAGCACUUGAUGCGUGUUCAGGAGGAACAUGCUUCUCUGGUCAGUAAUCUUCAGCAGGAACAUGAUGAAAAGGAACGAAGUCUAAAAGCUAAACACAGUCAAGAGCUAAAGCAGAUCCGACUUCAAGCUGAAAAUGAGUUGAGAGAGAAAGUAACAUCAAUGAGGAAUGAACAUGAAGCCCAACAGAGAGCUUUGAGGCUUCAGCAUGAAGAUGAGGUUAAGAAGCUUCAGGAGGACUUGGAUCUUCAAAAGUCCAAAGAGGAGAAGCAGAGGGCCUUACUGCAACUGCAAUGGAAAGUUAUGAGCGAUAAGCCAGAGGAGGAGCAAGAAGUAAAUUCAAAGAAGGAAUACUCAAUUUCAUCGAGGAGAAACCCUGUUGUUAGAAGGAGAGGUCAGCGUUCUCUGAGAAGACCUGAGCAUGAUGAGAAGGGUUCACCUCUAGUGGGGGCAACACAUACACCAGUAUCAACACUGUUGAAGAAAGCUUCAGAGAAUAUAAAUUCUCCAAGCGUAUUGAAUAUCUCAAAGCACCACAAAAAGGUAAUUCGUGAUGAAUAUGAAGUUGAAACUGGUAAUGGAAGAACUAUUAAACGGAAAACAAGAAGCACAGUCAUGUUUGAGGAUCCAAGAAAACAUAAGAGGACAACUACACCAAAGGUCAAAAGCCCCAGGGGUGUAGUCAAGGGAUCUAAGGGAGAGGGUCAACCACGUGCUUCAAACAUUGGUGACUUGUUUUCAGAAGGGUCUCUGAAUCCAUAUGCUGAUGAUCCAUAUGCAUUUGAUUAA